CCAGGUCAGUUCUGGAGCAAGGCCCAUGUGGAGAUGAUACCCUUGAUUCAAGACUCAGGUCCGAGGGGCACACCACCCACCCCAAAAACAAACCCCUGAGGGGUUGAGAGACGCUCGUGGUUGGUGCCCAAAGAUGGGAAAGCGGCGAUCGUAUUUUGUCUUGGCAGCGAUGUCGUUAUCACCACGAGUUGAAUUGAAGGAGGCUUGUGCAACUGCAACGUCAUACCAAAAAAAGAAAAAAAGGGGAAGAAAGAUGCAAGCUGCACCACCAAGGCAUCUUGCGUGCUGUCAAGACUGCAUUGUGCUGGGACGGCAUCUCUCAAAACACCAUUAUCAGCAUCGUGAGAUUCCAAUUGCCGAUUACCUCAACCAAGCUCGAUCCAAGCUCGAGCCAAGGUCUUUGAUUUCGACUCUGACGAUGACCAAGCCUCUGAUGCCAGGGUCGUAGCUGCUGAGAACAUGGAAGCCCCGGAGCGAUGCGGCAGUGCUUCUUGGCUCAGUCGGCACCCAGCUAGAGGCUCCACGUGUGGACCGUGCCAAGCUUGCCUUUUUCCCUCCAGACGGGGGUCGUAGGGGGUCGGAACAUGAAGCGCCCUUCACUACUUACCUUACCGU